GCACCUGGAUUCAGGUGGAGAGGCCUGACUCCAGCUGAGUUGCAUGACUCUCCACCUCUACACCUGUCCCCAGAAACUCGGGGCAGCUCGUGCCGCUCAUCAAAUUGGAAUCAAGGAACUCUCCCCCCAUCGCACCACUGACCCGACUCGAUCAAGAGCCGGUCACGGCCGUUUGCCAUGGGGUGCCGAGCGAGCCACGCGGAGGGGACAUCGCCUGAGCAGUGACCGGGCGAGGUUGGCCUUUGGUGCGCCAAUCGGACCGUCAAUUCGUCGGCGUCGUCUCGCGAAGGGGAACGAUGGGGCUGCGUCUCGCGCCGCUGCUCCUGUUGCUGCUGCUUCCUUCUCCAGGGACAAUAUUCGUGCGUGGCCAGUCUCAGCCCAGUACGGGUGUGUUCAACUGCACCGCUGUGGACACAAGCAGCCUCAGCGCGCUCAUCACCGGGGGGCGUCCGAGCGUGUCAACGCUCAGGGCCUUCUCGGCACGGGAGUUCGCCUGUCUCUCCGACUCCGUGCUGGCGCAGGUGAGCAGUGACACCCUGGGCAAGGUGGUGGCGAGCGCCGGCCUCCUGCGGGAGCCCCCCGCCCUGCGGGAGCUCGUGUCCCGCCUGAAGCCGCAGGAGCCCAGCUACUCGCUGGGACCACUCUCCGACUUCCUCGAAAGCUUCAAUAAUGAGGUGGUGCACAGCCUACUGCGGCUGGGCGUCCCGGAGAGCAGGGCCCUCCUGCAGGGCGCCUGGGCCAUCCUCCGCGUCAACGUGACGGCCCUCGGCGACGCCGACGUGGCGCUGUGGUUCAACGCGAGCCAACUGGGGCCGCUCCUGCCCGGCCUCGACGCGGACACGGCCCUCUCGGUGCCCCUCGCCGUCAGCUGCAACAAGUUUGCCACCAUAGUGGGAGCGUUCAGCCGCAAGGUCUACAGCGGCCUGGACGUGGACGUGCGCAGGGCCGUGGUCAACAUGAGCCUGCAGUUCUACCAGCCCACGGUCCCCGCCAGGUGCAGCAUCGCCGUGUCCAGCGAGGAGCUUCUGCGCGUCUAUCUCGGCCUCUUCGGGGAGCAGGCCGAGCUGGCGGAGUUGAGCCGCCUGCUGCCCACGUUCCAGCCGCUGGAAGCGCUGGGCUACCUGGGGGCCGAGCAGCUCGCCGUGCUGGCGGCCCAGCCGGGCUUCCUGGGGAACUCAAGCCUCGUCAUCAAGAUGUUUGAACUCUCCCUGCUGUCCUACGAGUCCGUGGCCACCUUCCUGGACAAGCUCAUUGCCACCGCCAAUCCCUCGACGCUGUCCGACCUGAACCUCGACUCCAAGCGCCUGGUGCUCACCUUCGUGUGGGCCUUGCUGGAGCCGCGCUUCCCCACGCUAGGCGAGGCCGAGUGGGGCGGCGCGUGGCUCUCGCGCCGCCUUCCGCCGUUCCUCGUCGCCAUCCAGCCCCAUCAGGUGGCCUCCGUGCCGGCCUCGUUCAACUGCUCCGCUUUCCAGGCCUUCUACGACAGCUUCGAGAGCCUCUAUGACCGCCUGCCUGUGCCCGUGCGCACCGAGGUCGCCCGCAAGAUCACGCAGCUACUGCAGCCAACAGUGGCCGAGAGGUGCGGCAAGAACGUGACGAGUGAGGAUCUGCUGCUCAAGUACUACGGCCUGUUCUACCGGGAGGCCAACUUCAGCGACUUCACACAGCUCCUGCCCAGCUUCAACGGGAGCGCAAUGAUGACGUCGUCCACCAAGCUGACCGCGUUGCAGCUCGCCGACCUCCUGAUCUCGCUGGGGCCGCGUGGCACGCGGGCCGACGCCACCCAGGCGCUGGCGCAGUUCAGCACUCUGCCGUGGCCCUCGUCGGACCUCGUCGCGUUCACAGAGCGCAUCGGCCAGGGUGCUGGGCAGUUGAGCGACGAGGUGCGAUCCGAGCUCGUGACGGGGCUGUGGGGGCACCUGACUCCUCACCUCGUCAAGAUGAAAGAGGUGGAGCUGAGCACGUGGAUGGGCCAUCUCCUUGGGCCCCUGCUGCCUGCCCUCUCGCCCAGCACCCAGCUCUUCCCAGCCGGACUCACCUGCUCGUCAUACCUCAUCAUGAUGGCUGCUCUGAACAACUCCUACGACAAUAUGUCCGCAUCCACCCAGCACAGCAUUUACCUGCAGACGAAGCAGUACCUGAAAGUGGCGAAGGGCUGCCCCUUGGAAAACGUGACGAGCGGCACCUUCCUCUCCACGUACCUCGGCAAGUUCAGCCGCCAAGCCGCCUUCUCCGAGUUCACGGAGAUCCUGCCGACCUUUCAACCCUUGCAGGUGCUGGAGCAGCUGAGCCCUGCGCAGCUCGGUGACCUGGCGGGGGUGCCUGGGCUGCUGAACAGCACGGCCGUCGUGGACCAGAUUUUGGCGAAUGUGCACGGCAUGGCCGAGCUAUCGAGCUUCAUGGAGCGCUACACCAACGCGAGCACGUCGCAGCCCAGCGUGGAGGUUCGCGCGCGCAUGAUGAGCCAGGUGUGGGGGACGCUGGGCCCGAGCUUGGCCACCCUGCCCGACGCCCAGGUGUCCGUGUGGUUCUCGCGGUACCUCGCCCAGCUCCUGCCGACGGCCACGGUGGCCCAGCUCGCCUCCCUGCCGCCCUCGCUCAACUGCUCCGCCUUCCAGGCCAUCGUGGGAGGCCUGGACGGAGCCUACAGCUCCCUGAGCGUGGACGCACGGCGUGCGUCCUACCUGUGGAUGUCUCGCUUCCUCUCCGUCCUCCCCACAGAGGCCCCGCGCUGUGGGGUCCCUGCUGGCACCGUUUCGGGAUGGAUCCCCGCCAACCUCGGCCACUUUGUGCUGCUCGCGAGCCGCUCUGACCUGCAGGGCUUCCUCACCGACGCUCAGCAGCUGGACGCGGCGCUCACGACGGACGCGGUGGUGGACACGUUCCGGGCGGCGCGCGAUCUGCCCUCCGACCUCCAGAAGCUGGUGCUGGGCGCGAUGCUCAACCGCAACUUCACUGCUGACAAGAUUCCGGAUUCCGUGAUUUGCGUUUACCCGGACGUGACGACCGUGCCCCCGACGGACGCGGUCCUCGUCGCCAAGCUCAAGGCGUGCCUCCAGAGCGCCAGCGCCGGCUCCGCCAGUGCCCAGCAGCAGCAGCAGCAGCAGAAGAUCGCCCUGGCGAUUCUCGCGGGUGCCGGGCAGCAGCUGAGCGCGGCGCAGCUGGUACAGCUGGGGCCCGUUGCCCUGCUCCUGAGCCCCGCCGCCAUCACCAACUUGAGCGGGCAGGCGGUGCUGACUGCGUUGCCCACCCUGGGGCAGCAGAGCGGGUGGAGUCUUGCACAGGCCCAGCAGUUCGUCAAUAAAUUGGUCGACAUGGGAGUCUACUUGGGUGACAGCGCGGCCAUCGGUCAGCUCGGCACGCUGGUGUCCGGGUUGCCGAGCAGUGCCGUGCUGGCGCUGCCGGACUCGGAGGCGCGCAGCCUGCUCACGCUGUCCGGGAUGCAGGACCCCGCCGUCGGCAGCGCCAUGCCGCCCUCGGUCGCCGCCGCCAUCAUGGAGAAGGCGGUGAGGGUCUCGACAGAUCCGGUGGCCCUUGUGCAGGACACACCGGGCUGGCUGGUGUGGGCCCUGCCCCUCGACACGAUCCGGACCCUGCCCUCGUCCGUGCCCCUGGGUCAGAUCAACUCGAAGGAGUGGACGGAGACACAGUCGAUGAUUAUUUUUAAAAGUAUGAAGAGAGGCUACACGUGGACUGAGACCGGAAGGCAGUUUGGUAGCCUCCUGAGGGGCUUCACCUGCAAUCAGCUGUCUGGACAGGUGGACGCGCGUGACUUCGCCACCUCUGUCAACGGCAGCGAGGGUCACAUGACCCGCUCCCAGCUCAAGUGCAUAGCGGAGGCGGUGGCGCCGGGCCCGGGGACACUGAGCGAGACCGACGCCCUGCUGAUGCCCAGCGGGGUCCUCGCCUACGUCGAGCCGGACGAGAUGAGGAGGAUGCCGCAGUGCCGGGAGGUGCUGAGACGCGUGGGGGGCUCAAGCCCCGAGAUCUUCCCUCCCAACCACAGUCGCCCAAAACGGCUCUUGAACGCCACCUUGCACUGCCUCGGCAGGAGCGAGGCUCUGAGGGCGGAGGACGUGGCCGUGCUGGGCUGGAUGUCGUGCAGCCUCUCGGUGUCCCAGCUGCAGGGCGCCGACUCGUCCGUGCUGGAGGGAGUGAGCGCAUGCGGCCACUACUCGAGCGAGCAAGUCGCCGCGCUCCCGCCACUCCUCACGCGGCGCUACGGGUACGCGGUCGGGUGGAGCGGGAAGACUGCGAAGGGCCUGAGCGACCUCCUCACCGUCCUCAAGAUGAGCAUGCUCGACUCGAUUCCCACGGACGUGAUACGGGAGGGGAGCCAAGACCUGCUGCUCAGGGACGUGCAGGAGAAACGCUUGAGAACCCAGGUGCGGCUGCGCAGGGGACGCAGCGUGGAGAACCUGGGGGUCCGGCUCGUCAAGAGGCCCAUCAAAGCCAGGGUCCGACGCGCGGCGUGCACGGGCACGCCGUACACGCGCGCCGACCUCUUGGAUCUGGGUUCCGGGCUGCCCUGGCUGUCGCUCGCCGACCUCGUCGACUGCAUUGCGCAGGCCACCAUCGCCGACAGCCUGGACACGCUGGGAGCCACCUACUUCUCCGCCGACAAGCUCCAGGCCCUCAAGACGGCCCUGGGGGCGCCCAGCACCAACGUGGACGCCGUGGCGCUGCGCCGCCUGGCUCUGGCGCUGAGCCCUAGCGAGCUGCGGGCCCUCGACCUCAUCCAGCUCGACCUCGUGUCCGUGCUCGCCACCAUUCCCGGCUGGAGCCAGGACCAGCUGGCGGCCGUGGCCGAGGGUUUCCUGGCUGGACGCGCGGUGUCCUCGCUCACUGCCCGCGAGAUCUCCUCCCUGGGGACAUUCUUGGCAGGAAUUCCGGACCUCUCGGGCAUCAACAAAGACGCCUACAAGCUGGCGGCGGAGAGCGUGGGCAACGUGGACACCUUCAGCCCCGCGCAGUUGCAGGCCCUCUUCUCCGUGGCGAAAACCGUCUGGGGCUCGAACCUCACGGCUUGGACCCCCGAAACGAUCAACCAGGCCGGAUGCCUGCUAGCUGCAGCGUCUGUGGACGAGUGGAAUACCCUGCAAAGCGAUCAAGUCGGCGUCAUCAAACCGGUGGUCCUCCUCCUCACCCCGCCGAACACGCUCGUGGCACUCAGUCCGGCCGUGCUGUCAUCUCUGCGCGUGGAGAGCGUCGCCACCAUCGCGGACGAGCUGCUUCAACUGCUCAAUCAGUCGCAGCUCAACUCAGUCGCAAGAGUCUGGGGAGACACCCCAGUCCUCAUGGCCACCCCCACCCCCACCCCCACUCCCGCCACGAACAACACCACCUCCAGCAACACAAGCAACACCACCUCCAACACCAUCUCCAACAACACAAGCAUCAGCAGCUCUAGCAACUCCACGAGUUCCAACACAGCUCCUUCCACCACCACCACCACCAUCCCCCCUGGCUUCACAAACAACAACACAAGCAUCAGCAGCUCUAGCAACUCCACGAGUUCCAACACAGCUCCUUCCACCACCACCACCACCACCAUCCCCUCUGGCUCUGGCAGCACAAACAACUACACAAACAUCAGCAGCUCUAGCAACUCCACGAGUUCCAACACAGCUCCUUCCACCACCACCACCACCAUCCCCUCUGGCUUCACAAACAACACAAGCAUCAGCAGCUCUAGCAACUCCACGAGUUCCAACACAGCUCCUUCCACCACCACCACCACCAUCCCCUCUGGCUCUGGCAGCACAAACAACUACACAAACAUCAGCAGCUCUAGCAACUCCACGAGUUCCAACACAGCUUCUUCCACCACCACCACCACCACCAUCCCCUCUGGCUUCACAAACAACAACACAAGCAUCAGCAGCUCUAGCAACUCCACGAGUUCCAACACAGCUCCUUCCACCACCACCACCACCAUCCCCUCUGGCUUUGGCAGCACAAACAACAACACAAACAUCAGCAGCUCUAGCAACUCCACGAGUUCCAACACAGCUUCUUCCACCACCACCACCACCUCUGGCUCUGGCAACACAAACAACACAAACAACACAAGCAGCAACGGCUCCAGCAGCUCCACGAGUUCUAACUCGCCCAUCACUUCCAGCACCCCCACGACUGCCAGGACCCCCACCACUACGGCCGCCAAGCCCAAAGAACCUGGCGUUGGCUAUAUGCUUAUUCCUCACGUCUCACAAAGUGCCACCUCGACGGACUCUGGAGCAGCUACUCGACACGUGGGAGCGGUGACGUGGACGUGCGCCCUCUCGCUUGUGCUCGCCCGCGCCGCGUGGCCGGCGUGACGGCACUCGCCUCGCGUCUCCUUGUCGCCCUUCCCUGUAACACUUCGCAAUCGCUAUGAAUGGUGGUGACCCAAAGUCGUCAACGUUCAUCCGAGACGGAUGGCUGGAUGGACGAACGAAUAAACGGAUGGACAGGCGCGACGGCACUCACUUCGCAUCUCCGUGUCGUCGUCAUUCCCUUUAACACUUCAGAGUCGCUCUGAACGGUGGUGACCAAAGUUGCCAACGUUCAUCCUAGACAGAUGGAUGGACGGACUGAUGAAUGGACAGAUGGACGGACUUAUGAAUGGACAGACGGACGAACAACCUACGUAUGAAUGGACAAAUGGGUGGAUGGGACUGAGAAGUGAUUUUCGACGCAAAAUUUUGGGAAGUCAAUCGCCACUGGGAAACAAAUCACCACUUCCUUUGGGUGACCACACACGCAGGAGAUUAUCACACUCUCAAUGUUACACACACGCAGGAUAUUAUGACACUCACAAUGUCACACUCACGCAACCGGGGAGAGGCAAGGGAUGGUCUGUCGUCUUUGGGGAACACAGUCCAGGUCUGCUGUUUUAUCUCACUAAUGUACAUACACAUAGGUUACACAGCAUGAGAAUGUUUGUAGUAGAUUAUUUUACGUCUAGAACCUUGGUGCCAUUACUCAAUGUACGUUUUUUGUAAUUGUAGUUAACCGUUACCACGUUAAUCUAUGAGCUCUGCCCGUUCGUCUGCAUGUCUGUCCAACUCUUGUAAAGAUGAUCCACGAUGAACUCAACUGCAUUGUAAAGUGAUUCGAUUGAUGACUCAACCGAUAUAAAAACCAUCGAAACUGA